GACGGCCGGGUUCAUCUUCCGUUUCUAGCUCGCGCCUCCGCUUCCUUCCCAUGGCGUUCUCGCUCGCCAUCUCUAGCAACUGCUUCUCAUCUACCAACAUUCGCCGGCAAGAUUUCGUUCUUCCCCGCUCCCGUCUCCUCCUUAAUUCAUGGCUUUCGUCUCUCUCCUCCCGCUCAUUCUCCUUCCCCACCGGCUCCACAGUUCACAAACCGCGGAUCUUAGCCGGAGGAUCCCUCAGAUGCUCCCUCCCUUCUCGCCCUGAUUACGUCCCCAAUCGCAUCUCCGACCCCAACUACGUCCGCAUCUUCGACACCACCCUCCGCGACGGCGAGCAGUCCCCCGGCGCCACCAUGACAAGCAACGAGAAGCUCGUUGUCGCCCGCCACCUAUCCCGCCUCGGGGUCGACAUCAUCGAAGCCGGAUUCCCUGCCUCCAGCCCCGACGACCUCGACGCCGUCCGUUCCAUUGCCAUCGAGGUAGGGAACCAUCCCAUUGGCGAUGACGGGCAUAUACCCGUGAUCUGUGGGUUGGCAAGGUGCAAUAAGAGAGAUAUUGAUGCCGCGUGGGAGGCGGUUCGACAUGCAAAGAAGCCGAGAGUGCACACCUUCAUUGCCACGAGCGAGAUCCAUAUGAAGCAUAAGCUGAGGAAGACAAGGGAGGAAGUGGUGAGCAUUGCUCGUGACAUGGUAGCUUAUGCCAAGAGUCUUGGCUGCCGGGAUAUUGAGUUUAGCCCUGAGGACGCCGGCAGAUCUGAUAGGGAAUUUCUGUAUCAUCUUCUGGCGGAAGUAAUUAAAGCUGGCGCAACGACACUGAACAUCCCGGACACUGUUGGAUAUACUCUUCCAUCUGAAUUUGGACAGUUAAUUUCUGACAUAAAGGCAAACACCCCUGGUAUUGAAAAUGUGAUUAUAUCUACUCACUGCCAGAAUGACCUUGGACUUGCAACUGCAAACACAUUAGCAGGCGCUUAUGCAGGGGCAAGGCAACUAGAGGUCACUGUCAAUGGUAUUGGUGAAAGAGCUGGAAAUGCUUCUUUGGAGGAGGUUGUUAUUGCUAUGAAGUGUCGUCAGGAACUUCUUGGAGGUCUUUGUACUGGAAUUAACACAAAACACAUAGUGAUGGCAAGCAAGAUGGUAGCUGAAUAUACAGGCUUGCAUUUACAGCCACACAAAGCUAUUGUUGGUGCUAAUGCUUUUGCUCAUGAAAGUGGCAUCCACCAGGAUGGGAUGCUUAAACACAAGGGUACAUAUGAAAUUAUCUCUCCUGAAGACAUUGGAUUAGCUCGUGCAAAUGAAUCUGGCAUUGUCCUUGGAAAGCUUAGCGGACGCCAUGCUUUGAGGUGUAGAUUGUUGGAGUUUGGGUAUGAUAUUGAUGGGAAGGAACUUGAUGAUGUCUUCAAACGCUUUAAAGAAGUCGCUGAGAAGAAAAAGCGCAUAUCUGACGAAGACUUGGAGGCACUGAUCUCCGAUGAAAUAUUUCAGCCUCCUGUUAUUUGGUCUCUUGAAGAACUACAGGCCACAUGUGGAACACUUGGCCUGUCUACAGCAACUGUAAAAUUAAUAGCUUCUGAUGGAGAAGAGAGAAUUGCUUGCUCCAUUGGCACAGGUCCAGUUGAUGCUGCUUACAAAGCCAUUGAUAGCAUAGUUGAGGUGCCUGCAGUUCUGAAGGAGUAUGCUUUAAAUGCAGUUACUGAAGGCAUAGAUGCAAUUGCAACCACACGAGUGGUUAUAAGUGGAGAUGAUAGUCAUACUUCAACACAUGCCUUAACAGGGCAGGCUAUGCAUCGAACUUUCAGUGGAAGCGGAGCUGCAAUGGAUGUUGUAGUAUCCAGUGUUCGGGCCUACAUUAGCGCUCUAAACAAAAUGCUAGGUUUUGUGUCUGCCAUGAAAGCUUCCAAGGAAACACCAAAGAACAUAUCAUCUUCAGUUGAGUAAAUUGCAGUCUGCUUAAUGUUUGGUCAGGAUCCUGGCAUAAUAGGCAAGGCUUUUACUUGUUUGAUGGUGAUUAGGUGUCCGGAUUAUCCUCCAUUUGUAUUUAUUUAGACAAAAAUUUCGUUCUCGAUGCAUAUUCAUCAAGACAUGAAUUGGACUAUUGAAUGCAACCUGUUACCAUUUACCUCUCUUCUUUGUACAUGUUGAAAGUGUAUGACCAUAGUACAUGUGGCAAGUGUGUUUUUCAUUAAUUUUUCUUUGAUGCCCA